AUGGAGAGAACUAAACAUGCGUGUAAUUCUUGCCAUAAGAAAAAAAAGAAAUGUAAUACUCCCGACAUUGGGUACACUUGUGAAAGAUGUAUGAAUACCGGUAUUCAAUGUGAAUAUUACUCUCAUAAAAAAAGAGGGAGACCCAAAAAAGAUACUACGAAUAUUGGAUUGGGAAUUGAAACAUCCAAUUCUAAUAAUUUCCUUGAAUCAAAUGAAAAUUGUUCAGGGACAAUUCAUCCGGGAAGUUACUCCCAAACAAAUAACAUCCUUCAACUGAAUGAUUUAGUGAAUAAUUUCUCUUUUACAAAUAGCUCACUUCAAUCGAAUGAUUUCUCUUUUACAAAUGGUUCCACUCAAGUGAAUAAUUUCUCAUUUGUAAAUAGUUUUCCUCAUGAUUAUCGCGAUUCUAAAAAUUAA